AUGCGCUUGACCGCUGAGCUCAUUCAAAGUUCCCUAACAUAUAUCAAUCCGCUCACAGAUCGUGAGCUGGAUCUCCGAGGUCACAAGAUCCCCACAAUUGAGAACCUGGGUAUCGCCAAAGAUCAAGAUGCGAUCGACUUCACCGAUAAUGACAUCUCUUCUCUCGGAAACUUCCCCCACUUCCCUCGCCUCCGCACCCUCCUCCUCGCCCGCAACCGUAUCAAUCACAUCCAACCGGCACUCGCUACUUCAGUGCCUAACCUGACGACCCUGGUCCUGACUGAAAACAAUGUGUCUGAACUUGCCGACCUCGAUCCGCUGCGGACCUUGGGACGGCUGACACACUUGUCUCUCCUCCAAAAUCCAGUGGCACGCAAAGAGAACUACCGAUACUGGCUCAUCUGGCGCAUUCCCUCUAUUCGCUUCCUUGACUUCCAGAAAGUAACUGACGCAGAGCGCGCCACGGCUAAAGAACUCUUCGGCACCUACGAGGCACCAUCAUCUCUCGCAUCCAAGAUUCUGGGUGUCAAGUCCCGCACCUUUGACGUCUCCACCCCGGCUGAACGCACCCCCGCUGAAAAGGGUGUCCGAGUACAGCUCACAGACAAGGAGCGCAAACGCGUUGAGAAGUUGAUUCGCGACGCGAAGAGUCUGCAGGAGAUCACCAGGUUGGAGAAAGAGCUUAACGAGGGACGGAUACCCGGUGGAGCGGAUGUCGAUGGUGAUGAGGCCAUGCAGAUGUGA